CCCCUAGUGGCGCGGAAAAUCGGCGCACAUCACUUCCAACGGUGGGAUAAUGCCGAUUCGGGGAGCCUGGGCUCCCGCCACGUCGGUAAAGUCUUGAUUGACUGCAAGUUCCGCCUGGCAGAGUCUCAAUGGGGUACGCUUGGGACAUCCAAUGCACCGGCCGGCGUCAUCUAUAUCGAUCUGAGCUUCAACCAGCCCAAGGGGCACAAACUGGCUUCGGCAAGCGUGCAAAUCUCGCUCCAGGAAUACGACACGUCAGACGCAUCAGCCAAAGGCAAGAGAAAGGGCAAGGUUAGCACCGCGGUUGCCAGCGGCCUUGCCGUCACCGACCAAUUUGGGCCUCAAAUGCUCACAGGCAAGCCGACAACGCAAUACGGCAGGUCGGCCUACAGCCUGAUUCCGGAGGUCGGUGCAGUCGUCGCAAACCUCGGUGGAAUCGGCUUCAGCGGCGAGAAGGAGGUUGUCUACUUGAGCCAAUGGGUUGUGGAGGGUCACCAAAUCUCGGCUCCUGGAGACGGCGGCAUCUACAGGACUCUUGAAUGGAAACUCUCAGAAAACGACUUCACUUCUCAAUCUCACGCCCACAGCAGCGUCGUCCAUACCGGAUUGGCCCUCAAGCACGAAGCAAAGCCGUUCUACAUCAAGGUGAAAAUCGAGGGGAAGCUCCGAAAGCUGACGGACCGACUGACCUCCCAGUUCGUGUUCCCACCGAGAAGUCGUAAGGAACAGGGGACUGCGGUUACACUCUUGCAACUGAGUUCCAAGCACCGACAUGGGGUGCCGCUGGACUCGCUGGCCCGGGGAUUGAAGGAUGCGAUGGUGCAGAGGAAUCUGCACGCUGUGCCCCGCGAGUUGCCGGAUUCCAUGCCAGCGAUUUCGUCCGAGGAUUUCACGACGCCAACGACCCCAGGCUCAACCGGCAGGUCAGCAAAAAUGGAUCCGCCGGCA